AUGGCUUCGCAUGCCUCAUCUUUGGGCCUUUCAAAUGAUGAACUUCAUCAGAUACAGCAGUUCGAGAGGAUUGUACAGUUUCGCAAUGCCGUUCUCGCUGGCACCCACCCAAACAUCAAGAUUCCAGCGCAUCUGGCGAAACAGACACCUACGUCUGCAUUUUCGUCCUCAUCCAAUCCUUCUGCGCCCACAAAAGAACCGAGUGGAAUCGCAGCUUUCCAGGUUGGGAACUCGCAGCCACUUGCGAACACGCAAAACGCGUCUCUUCCAGGCCUAGGGAAUCCGCCUCCGACUAACGCGAAUCUGCCUGCGAGACCAUAUGGCUCCCGCAACACAGAGAUCAAUCCUAUUUUUCUCGAGAAAUCUGAUGACCUGAUCAAGGCCGAGAUCCAGCUGCAGCGGCAGCGUCUUGAGCGAGCGUUGCGGGACGAGGUUGACCAGCGCCGGGCUUCGUUGAAGGCAUCGGCACAGUCAGAACCCCUCGCCGACUUCGACCUUUCCGAUGUCCUGUCCAAGGCUCUGACUCUUGUCCAAGCUACUGCGAAUCUCCCUGCCAAUGCCAAACUGGCUGCUAACGCUUCAGCUGCAAGUGACUCGUUUGAUGAGAACUCUUACUACUCCUCCCAACACAACUCGCCCGAUUCCUCGCUUCUCAGCUCACGCGCGGGCAACGACUCUGAACCCAUCACCCACACAGACGGAGCUACUGCGUCCUCUCAAAACUUCGACCGGGCGACGCAAGUCCAAUCAAGACCCCCUGGCUUGACAUCCUCGCUCCCUCAUGCGUCUGCUACUCAUCAGCCACAGGGCCAAGCCUCGACCGUCUCGCCCUCCCACAUACCAGCUGACAUGAGCGCAAACGGCGUUGCGCACUAUGACCGCGACCCGUCCGUAGGAACGACUCGGAGAACGGACAGAGGCGACAAUACGGGGUCGACAUCUGGAGGCGGAAGCGGAGACGUCAGUCGAUCUGAGGAGUCAGGCGCCAUGAACCUUGACGGCAGUGCUGAUAUUCCACCACCGGCUGUCCAGCAAUUGAGAGACUCUUUGCUUGAUCGCCAGCCCUCGCCGCUUAUUCAAGUCCGCGCCCAAAACUUGUCCCCCAUUGCUCCACAGCCCGCUCAUGUCUCUCCUCUCGCCAUGGCUGGCGGCUCUGUUGUUGAUGCACCGGAUAUGAGCAUUCCUCUAGGGACCACCGCACAGGUCAGGGCGUUGCGCAAUGAGCCCAACACUGUUUCCAGCCCAGAUAGCUCGCCUCAGGGAGGACGGAACAUUGACAAGCGGAAGGGCAAGAAAAAGAAGAACAACAUGGGCAACAAGAAGGCAGCCCGGCAAGCGCCAGAGGCAGAACCUUAUAUCAAGCCAGAGCCGCACUCGCCUUCUCCCAUGAGUGCGCCCUCAUUUGUCCGUCCACAAAAGCGACAGAGAAGGCAGACAGAAGAAGAACCGCGCCCUGUACAGCCAGAGCGACAAUACUCCCGUUCCUACCGAGAGGAAGACGCAGCCCCAGCGUACCAGACGCAAGAGUAUCGACGGCCUGUGAGUCAAGUCGCGAUUCCUGGCGAGUACGAAUACCCACGAGAGUUUAUGGAGGACCCUCGCGUCCCUAGCGGGGCUGAUUACGUUCGGCGAGUACAAUCACCGGGCAUUUAUACCGUACGAACCGCGCCGAGUGAGGUUUACGCAACUUCUCCAGCUAGUGUCGAUCGCUACGGUAGGGAACCUGCACGAUACUUUCGCGAUGGCUAUGAAGUCACUCACAUGAGCGCCCGUGGGAGAUCUCGAUCUCCCCUUAUGAGGGAAAGAGGUUCACCACUCAUGGGGCCGCCGAAAGCGCCGCCUGCCCGAGUUGUGAUGGACCCGAUCAGCGGUCGCAGAUAUUACGAACCAGUCGGCCGUCAGUCAGCCGCGCCUCCACCUCGACCGGCCGACCCUGAGAUUCUCUUUGAAAGAGCACCGACCCGAGCCCAUACUCGACGACCAGCCCCGGAUUCCCAUGAUGAUGACGUCAUCUACCAGCGCACCUCGCCCAUGUACGCGGCGCCUCGCAGAGUUGUCACCCAGCCAGAGUAUGCAAUUCCAGAUCCUCAUCGGGUCUACCGACAACGGGAAUACUCAACAAGACCGAUGGCACCACCGGCAGGGGAAGAGUAUGUCCAAGUUCGGGGUGGGACGGAGCGACGUCUUGUGGAGGAGGUGCCGAGAGAGUAUAUGAUGCGAGCGACAACAGCCCGGCCUACAGAAACGGUACGGUACGAGCUCCCGCGAGAAUACGGGAGAGUACAGAGCGUAAGACCGGAGCAGCUGCCCAUCCAGGACUAUGGUGCACCAAUGCACCAUGAUUCUCGGCGGGAGGUCAUCCAACCUGGUCCGCGUUCGUACAGCGUGCGGCCGGCAGCCGAGCCUCAGGUUGUGCGAAGAGAGUAUAGCGUCAGGCCGGUGGAGCAGCAGUACUACGGCCAGCCAGCACCGGCUCGGGGCGAGGCUGAGGUGUCGUACAUCGAGCGGCCUAGAGUGGCCGCUCCGGAAAUCUACUACGCCGAUGAGGCUCCGCGCCAGGUUUAUCGGUGA